AUGGCAUCUAAGUGGGCGGGCCUUGCAGCCCUACUCGCGGCCUCAAACUCCGCUUUUGCCUCUGCGAAGCCAAUUUCUGCCCGUGAUGCAUUCAGCCCCAAGGUGGAGAUUGACUACGCCAACAUCACUGGCCGGAUCAAUGGCAACAUCAAGGAGUUCCUAGGCAUUCCUUUCGCCUCAGCUGGCCGCUUCGAGCACUCUCAGCUCUACACCGAGCAGUUGGGCGAGUUCGAUGGCAGCAGCUACGGUCCCAUCUGCCCGCAGAAGACGACGGGCUCAAUUCUGUCCAUGAACUCGUCCAGCAGUCUCAUCUUGGGCAAGACCGGCACGGCAAUCGGCCCCAUCGUCGGUGCCCUGGCUGACACAGUCUUCGAUACCAUCGGACAAACCCGCAGCGAGGACUGCCUUCUCAUCAAUGUGCAAGCGCCUGUCGACGCCAAGAAGGGAGACAAGCUACCCGUGGUGAUUUGGAUUCACGGUGGUGGAUACGAGGUCGGCAGCCCCUUUACUGCCACCAGUGAGACGGAUGUGAUCCGAGGUGCCGUGCCGAACUACAACAUCGGUGGACUGGUCCGCACCUCUGUCAGCCUCAACCAGCCUAUCAUUGGUGUGUCAGCCAACUACCGUCUCAACGCCUUCGGUUUCUCCGCGUCCAAGGAGAUGGAGGAGGCCGGACUUCUCAACCUCGGUCUCGAGGAUCAAAGAGUUGCUAUGCAAUGGGUUCAGAAGCAUAUUGCGGACUUCGGUGGUGACCCGGACCAGGUUGUCAUCAUGGGCGAGUCGGCUGGUAGCUGGUCCGUCGUCGCCCAUCUGCUGUGGGAUGAGGGAGAGGGCGCCACUGAUCUUUUCCGCGGUGCGAUGGCCCUGUCUGGUGGCCCUGUCAUGGUCGAAAGCGCUGAGCGUGCUCAGCCCUUCUUCGACAACAUGGUUGAGAGAACAGGAUGCACCAACGCCACCGAUAAGAUUGCCUGCUUGAAGGUCGCCGACUUUGACGACAUCAUGGCUUCCGUCAACGACGAGGGCAUGCUUCUCGGACCUCGAUCCCUGGCCUCGACUUGGACCAUCCGUCCCGACGGUAAGCAUCUCAAGGACUCUCCCCAUCGCCUGGCUGCUGCUGGCAAGAUGGCCUCCGUUCCUCUGGUCACCGGCGACAUGCGUGAUGAGGGGACCCUUUUCUCUCUUCUCGCUCAACUUGAGACCCUUACCGACGAGGACUUCGCCAAGUACUUCAAGGACAUCUGGUGGCCCAGGGCUUCCGACGCUGAGAUGGCCAAGCUCAUGGAGCUCUACCCAGCGGAUAUCACCCAGGGCUCCCCCUUCGACUCGGGCGUUCUCAACGCCGUGACCCCCAACUUCAAGCGUCUGGCCGCAGUGGUGGGCGACUUCAGCUUCCAGGCGCAGCGCCGCAACCUGCUGGCACACUACAACACCUCCGAGCAGACCGUCUGGAACUACGUAACCGAUGUCAGCAUUCCUUCCGCCGGCCUGCUGCCUGAUCUCGGUGUCCUGACUCACCUGCCUGUGCUCGGCUCGUUCCAUGCCUUCGAUGUCUGGUUUUACAUGUUCGCAGGUUUGCCGUACGGCCUUAGCAAGAACACCAAUGCUUACCAAGCGACCGCCAUCUCCUUCAUCCGUACCCUGAGCCCCAACAACCACGGUUUGGAUCUUGCUGAUUGGCCGAGAUACUCUGAGGAGGGACUGGAGACCUACAACUUCAAGGAGAGCGGACCGGAAAUUGUUAAGGAUGACUACCGCGUGGAGGCCAUGCAGUUCUUCAACGACCACCCUGAUUCCUUCUUGAUCUAA